GAGGAAGGACUGCGUUAGCGGUAAACGCGGGCAGCCUUCUCGCACGACGAGAAAAUGACCGAUCUGGCUCUUCGUCAGCUUUCACCGCUCCCGACCACGUCAGCAGCCUCAUAUCCGAGACCAUAAAAGUCAAGGGAGGACCGCCCUUCCUUUACCCCACAAUCCUUGCCCCCAUCAGAUUGCAACAAAUCGCCGCAGCAGACAGAGCUAGUCGACAUUCCUUUGUGUCUGUGAGCGAGGGAAAGAUCAAUUUUGUCGCUCUACCUUCUCGUCAACGCUUUCCACGAUGGUAUCAACGACUGACCUCAUCAUCCUCGGCCUCGGAGGCGCCCUGGCUGUCCUAUAUCUGUACCGGGACUCGAUCUUCGGAGGCAAGUCUGGCGAAGCAUCGUCCAAGCUAGCCAAUGGAUUCGGCAAUGGCGGCGGCGAAGAGGAAGGUAGCAACGACUUUGUCAGCAAGUUGACAUCCCAGAAUAAACGCAUCGUCAUCUUUUACGGAUCUCAGACUGGCACAGCCGAAGAGUACGCGGUCAAGAUUGCCAAGGAAGCCAAGUCUCGAUUCGGCACUUCGUCGCUCGUGUGUGACCUCGAAGAGUACGAAUACGAAAAGCUCGAUGCCCUGCCCGACAAUGCCGUCUGCAUCUUUGUCAUGGCCACCUAUGGCGAAGGCGAGCCCACCGACAAUGCCGUCGGAUUUAUGGAGUUCAUCAAGGAGGAGGACGUCUCCUUUUCUCAGGGCGACCGCCUGGACAACCUCAAGUACGUCAUCUUUGGCCUCGGGAACCGCACCUACGAACAUUACAACGCCAUCGGACGCGACCUCGAUGCCCGCCUCGAAGCGCUGGGUGCCCAUCGUAUUGGAGAGCGAGGCGAAGGCGAUGACGACAAGAGCAUGGAAGAGGACUACCUCGCUUGGAAGGACGGCAUGUUUGAGACCCUCGCAAAGGAAGCCGGCUUCGAAGAGGGCGGUGGCGGCGAGGUUCAGGACUUCAAUGUCACUGAACUCGAGCAUCCCGACGAUGACAAGAAAGUCUACAAGGGCGAGCUCUCUGCUCGUGCCCUGUUGGGAACCAAGGGUAUCCAUGACGCCAAGAACCCCUUCGCUGCGCCCGUCAAAGUGGCCAGGGAGCUCUUUAGCGUCAGCGGCGAACGGUCCUGUGUCCACGUCGAAUUUGACAUUGAAGGCAGCGGCAUCUCUUACCAGCAUGGUGACCACGUUGCAGUCUGGGCCAACAACCCCGACAGGGAUGUCGAGCGGAUCCUCGGCGUGCUGGGCUUGAGUGAGAAGCGAAACACUGUCAUCGAAGUGGAAAGCCUGGACCCGACGCUGGCAAAGGUGCCAUUCCCCGUUCCUACUACGUACGAAGCCGUGUUCCGCCACUAUCUCGACAUUUCUGCCCAUGCUUCGCGUCAGGCUCUCAACAUGCUGGCCAGUUACGCUCCCACCGACGCUGCAAAGGCCGAGCUGGAAAAGAUUGGCUCGAACAAAGAUUACUUCAACGAAAAGGUGGCCAGCCGAUGCCUCAAAACAGCCGAGGUCCUUCAGGCGGUCGCCGGCGAUGACCUCCAGGCAGACCCCAGCAAGGCGACCGUGUGGAACAUUCCAUUCGACCGGAUCAUGUCCUCGAUUCCACGAUUGGGCCCACGCUACUACUCGAUUUCCUCGUCCCCGAAACUCCACCCCAAGUCGAUCCAUGUUACGGCUGUCGUGCUGCGCUACAAGCCAAAGGUGGCUGGUGGAUCGACGCCCGACGGGUAUAUUACCGGCCUGGCGACAAACUACCUGAGCCUGGUCAAGCAACAACUCAACGAGGAGUCCGAAGACCCUCGUUUCCAGACGCCAAAGUACGACCUCAAGGGACCGCGUGGUGCCUACAGCAAGGACGGCGUCAUCCGCACCCCCAUCCACGUCCGUCGCUCCAACUUCCGCUUGCCUACGUCUCCCAAGAUCCCCGUGAUCAUGAUUGGGCCUGGAACAGGUGUCGCGCCCUUCCGAUCAUUUGUCCAGGAGCGAGUAGCGUCUGCUCAAAAGUCAAAGGAAAAGAACGGGGCGGAAGCCCUGGCCGACUGGGGCAACAUCUACCUCUUCUACACGUCGAGGCGACGCAAGGAGGACUACUUGUACGAGGAAGAAUGGCCAAAGUACGGCGAAGAGCUCGGCGCAAAAUUCAGGCUCGAGACGAGCUUCAGCAGGGAAGACUACAAGAGCGAUGGAAGUAAAAAGUACGUCCAGGAUCUCCUGUGGGAGAAACGUAAAGAGCUGGCGGAAGACAUUCUGCAGCGAAAGGGCUACGUCUACGUCUGUGGUGCCACGGACAUGUCGCACGACGUCGAAAAGAUCUUUGUCAAGCUCUUGGCAGAGGCAAAGGGCGGCAGCGAAGAGGAAGGCAAGAAGGAGGUCAAGAUGCUCAAGGAUCGGAGUCGCUUCCUGCAGGAUGUCUGGAGCUAAACCCUUCCCCCUCUACCUCCCUUUGUUUCCGCUCCUUACCUCCUCGUGCAUCAGUAUUGUCGGACUGGUUCGGGAUUUAGUCUUGCCACCUCUUUCGUACUCAAAUGCUCGCUCCCCUCUAAAGAUGGCCUUCAAUAUAAAGAAUCGAUAAAGAAUCGAGGU